GAACCGUUGACCGUGUGUCAUGUGACUUCCAGAGCCUUAACCCUUCCUUUCCCUAGUGUCCCAGACGGGCUCUGGCAAGGUGCAAUUACGUUCGGGAGUGGAAUACAUGCGCCGCGUGACGUCAUGUCUGGUGCCGCCCACACCACUCGUGCUCCCGUGUCAGUGUUACUCUGACUGACCGUAAACCGGCGCCAUCCGCAGGGAGCCCCGCACAUGCGUUCGGGCAGGGCCGCCCUUCAGGACGCUUGAUGUGACAUCUUCCAAUGGGCUUGAGCAAGCUGGAUGUUCUAUACCGGCGGCUGCUCCUCACAAAGUUUUUCAUCCGAGGAUGGGGAAAGCCUGAGGACCUAAAAAGACUUUUUGAAUUUCGGAAGGUUAUUGGAAACAGAGAAAAAUGUCAGCACCUUGUGCCAAAGGACUACCCUGUACAUAUUGACAAGAUUGAAGAGCAAACGGACUGCAAGAUCCUUGACGGGCACUUUACAUCUCCACUGGUUCACCAUGUAGCGGAUGUCAUGCCUUCGGAAACCGUUAUAGCACGAUUCCAGUUUAUAGUCCCUAAAGAAUGGAAGAGCAAAUACAGACCUGUCUGUAUCCAUCUGGCUGGCACAGGUGACCAUUAUUUCUGGCGGAGAAGAACGUUAAUGGCACGUCCCAUGCUCAAAGAGGCUGGUAUGGCAUCCCUCUUGUUGGAAAAUCCGUAUUAUGGCUAUAGAAAACCGAAGGACCAACUGAGAUCAUCGUUAAAGAAUGUAUCUGACCUGUUUGUAAUGGGAGCAGCGCUUGUGUUGGAAUCUGCUGCCCUGUUACACUGGCUGGAGAGGGAAGGAUAUGGACCUCUGGGGAUGACUGGCAUUUCAAUGGGAGGCCACAUGGCUUCAUUAGCAGUGACAAACUGGCCUAAGCCAAUUCCAUUGGUUCCUUGCCUUUCCUGGUCGACAGCCUCUGGAGUCUUCACAACGGGAGUUCUAAGUAAAGCUGUUAAUUGGACAGAGCUGGAGAAACAGUAUUCAACGCAGACAGUCUACGAGGAGGAACUUGUACAUCUACUCGAGUACUGUGGGACAGAUUCCUUUAAAAUGGGACAGGAUUUUGUGAAGAAUUUCGCAGGAAGUGCUGACAGCCUGUCCCACCUAAAACUUGCUUCCAACAUUUUCAGCCUUAAUAGCACCAGAGAUCCACUGCCUGUGCACUCCGUGCAGCCUUUCCAGGCCAACAACGAUGGCGACAGGCUUUUGUUCCAGCAGGAUUCUAAGGUGCCCUAUGCAGAACGCACGCUGGCUGGUGGAAAUGACAGCUCGGCAGGCGGAGUGGGCAAAAGAAACUUACAGAGAGAAGAGAACAGGAGAACCAAAGCGCUGCAAAGGGAGUCUCUUCUUUUCAUGAAAGGGGUCAUGGAUGAAUGUACACAUGUUGCCAACUUCUCAGUUCCAGUUGAUCCAAGUCUAAUCAUAGUUGUUCAAGCCAAAGAGGAUGCCUAUGUCCCACGGGUUGGGGUACGAAGCCUUCAAGAGAUCUGGCCUGGGUGUGAGAUUCGAUAUCUGGAUGGAGGCCAUGUCAGUGCCUACCUCUUCAAGCAAGGGCUCUUCAGGCAAGCAAUCUAUGAUGCCUUCAGUCGUUUCCUUCAGAAGUAUCCAAUGUGAUAUUACCUGUUCAGAAUAAUUUCAUUCCGUCCUCCACCUGGUCCAUGUGCUCCACCUGGUCCAUGUGAAGGAUCUAUGGAAAAGGUGCCCCCAGUAAACCGAAGUCUUCUAUUUCCUCAUUGAGGCAUGCAUGGGUUUUAGAAGGCAUAAAUGAAACAGAUAGGAAAGAAUACAAACUGACUUUCUUUAAACUUUGCACAACCACCCCUGCUCCGUAAAGUCUACACACCGUUGUGUGUUGGAAUCAACCAGUACAUUUUUUGACUCUGACACAAUGGAUUGUUGGACUACCUUUAUCAAGUUUCAGUAUUUACUUAAAUCGUAAAGAAUAUAAAAGCUGGUGCCCUCAAACUUUGUAAUCCAACAUGUUUUUAGCAUUUUUAUAGCCUUUUUUUAAUAUAAUCAACUAAAAAUGAAGAUAUCAACAGUGUGUUCUUGUACCGCGUACGUGAUUGAUUGUACUUUAAAUUAUUUGAAACUGUUCUGCACUGGUGCCAUCAGUGUCCGGGAAGUGCCUGAACAUCACAGAAUAAAAUGUGAAUAUGAUUUGUUGCCUUUAAUUUUCAUAUUGUAGCACACGUCGGAUUCUCUUAACAUCCAUUCUUGCUACAUGAACCAUUUGAUAAGAGUUAACCUCAGCCUUCCAAUGUAGACACUGUUCCCAUAUCUCUGCAUGGGCAGAUUCUAGCUACUUCAUGAUUGCAAAGACACAAAGCAAGGUAAUGGAUGAAAUACUUGCUCUCUUUUUUUAGGAUUUCUUUUCUUCUGCUACUCAUGCUGUCAUCUUGUUUGCAGUUCAUGUUGAGCAGCCCUCAGGCGAUUAAGUAUUGAAAUUGCUACUUUUUUUUAUGUGACAAUUUUACAGUUUUUAAUAAAAUUACAUAAAAUAUUA